AGCGUAAUGUCGCAAUCAAAAUCAGAAACAAAAAUUGCGAUGGUUCGUUGAGAAUCGUACACAAUGGAAUUCUAGACGGCGAGUACCGGAGUUAGAGAACGCAGCAUAGAGACAAUCCAACAAAGGAGUCGCUUGGAUCCACUCAUGACGGUGAGCAUAAAGGAUUGAAGAUUGUAGUGGACAGGUAGAUUGACUUGGGGCAGAGCGGUUGCAGAUUCGAGGAGGAGAAUUUUGAGAAUGAAAUUAGCGGUAGGGGUGAUCUUCGAAUCCAAUUUUCGACCGGGAUUGUGUGAUCCCUUCCCUGGCUUCAGAACUUAGAGAGGAGAGGGGAGGAGGUUGAGUGAGGGAAGCGAGUAGAGACAGCACAUUCUACACUCUUACAGUGGAGACUAGCUAAUUUCCUUCCACCAUAAGGGUCAGGCACGGUGAGAAUGGUAGAUUCUUCAAAGCUCGUUCGUGCCACAAUGGAAUGGGGCUUGCCAGGCAGAUGUUGAAUGAUGAUGGCUUUUUCCUCCGGCCGUUCUCGAAAUCUGUCCAGCUACUCUGGAAUAGUCUGCUUUCUCUUCCUACUGGGAAUCGAAGCUUGUGCGGAUGAUUGUGAAGCUGACUCCGAUUCUGCCUCUGUGACGCGGAGACUCAUUGCUCGUCCUUGGUCAGUGCUUCAGCGCUCGCUGACGGAAAGUUAGAAUUUGAUCCAGGACAUUCGACCAGGAAUUUAUUCGUAUCCUGGUUCUGCGUCCUGAUUUGAGCACCUCAUUGAGGUGGUGUCUCCUCCUCUGGGUGGGGGGAUCGGUGGAGUCUUGUUUUACGAAGGGGUUUUGCCCACACAGGUUGCAAGGCACGACUGAAGUAGGUCAGAAGUAGUUGUCACCCCAAUUCGGUGCUUAAGAGUGGACGAUUGUAGAUUUGCGAUACAAAACUUAGGAAAAAAAAAAGCUCUGUCUAGCUCCAAGCGCGGAUCUGAGGCCUGUGACAUCAGGGUUCAGAGCACUGCCUGAUCGAGUGCCUGUGGGCUGGACCGAGAACCAUGGCUCGGGGGUCGCGAAGUCGAGGGAAAAAACGGAUGCGGUUCAGUAAGUUGUACACGUACACAGCUUGUGUAAGACCAGGUGGUGGCACCACAGAUGAGUUUCCUGCGGGAGGAGGGCCGGAAUUUUCCAUAGUGGUUUUUUGUAACACCCCGGAGAAGCAUUUUCAACAACCGGCUUACAAGUACAAAUCCAACUAUGUCUCGACGACCAAAUACAACCUCAUUACUUUUUUACCCAAAGCUCUGUUUGAGCAGUUUCGGAGGGUGGCCAAUCUCUACUUUCUUCUCGCGGGAGCAAUUUCUCUCACUCCCGUUGCUCCGUAUUCAGCUGCCAGUUUGAUUGCUCCCCUUCUUUUUGUCGUGGGAGUGAGUAUGAUCAAAGAGGCCGUCGAGGAUUCUCGUCGUUUCACUCAAGAUCAAGAAAUAAACAAUCGGAAGAUCAAGGUACACUCGGGACAGGGGAAAUUCAAAGCAAGAGCGUGGAAGAAGUUGAGAGUGGGAGAUGUCGUUGAGGUGGGAAAGGAUUAGUUUUUUCCGGCCGAUCUGCUCAUGCUCUCCUCCGCAUACCCGGAUGGAAUCUGCUACAUUGAGACGACGAAUCUUGAUGGCGAGACUAACCUGAAAUUAAAGAGGUCCUUGGAACGCGCGAUAGAGUUAGAUGAAGAUGCCGAGUUCGGGCAAUUUCAUGCGGACAUGAAUACUGAGGAUCCCAAUCCCAAUCUUUAUACCUUCAUAGGCAACAUCACAAGUGAGGGCGAGACUUUGUCCCUCUGACUCCAGCAAAUGCUUCUCAGGGACUUGAAGCUGCGAAACACUCAGUACGUAUAUGUAUAUGGAGUGGUUGUAUUUAGUGGCCGCGAUACGAAGGUGAUGCAGAAUUCCACCGAUGUGCCUACAAAGAGGAGCCGGAUCGAGAGGAAAGAUGAGGACAACCUGCAGUCUCAAAUUGCUCAAUUGUAAAACCUGAAUCAAACAUUGAAGAUUGAAUUCCAAGAGAUGGUCGAAGAAAAAUCGAAACUAGCAAUGGAAUUGGCUGAAGCGAAGAAUGAGAGGGAUGCAUGCAAAAACCAGCUGGACACAGUUGAUGAGCAAUUGUGAGGCUUUGAGAGGUCGUCGAGAAUUACAGGAAGCUGCCGAAGCUAUUCAGAAAUAUGAAAACUCAGAAUAGAAACUUCAAAAACGUACUCUAGGUGAGGCUGCCUAGCAGCGCGCUCAAUGAGGGGAGAAAGAGUGCGGCUCGUCGCGCUCGACGCGAGGCCAGUGCAGCAAAUCGAAUAGAAACUAGGGAAGAGAGUGGGCAAGAGAUUAGAGAGCGAUAGUGUACGAUAGUCAGAACAGACAGAUAUACAUACAACUGGAAGGCGAGCUUUGAAAUUAACGUUGAAGAUUGUGCAAUGUAUCAAGGUCGGCGAUGCAUGGGUUGUCUAUCCGAUUGCCAAGCGGGUGCGGAUAACGGUCUCUAGUGUCUCGUGUCACGUAGUGUGUGGGGGUGCCGGGUGACACCGUGUAGCGCUUGCCAUGUAUUAGGGGGUGCUAGAGGUUGCGGCCGUAGGCUCUGGGCGGUUCGGGUGGGUUCUUGCCGUGGGUGUGGGGGGUCGCUCAGUUUUCGGAAGCGGGCAAUGCGUGAGUAGGUUCAUAGAGGGAGAAUUACCGGGAGAGAGUGUGGUCAAUUCGAAAUCAGUGACAGUGUGGAAAAUUUGAGAUUUGAAAGAGAGUGUCCAUUUGAAAUUAGGAAGAGUGUGUGCAGGCCAAAUUUGUGAGAGAGUGUUAAUUCAAAAUCUAGAAAUGUGAUUCUCUAUGGGGUAGAGGUGAAAUUCGAGAGAGAGUUCUCCAUAGAGAAGAGAAGGAGUAACACUAAAUUUGAGAGACAAAGAGAUGAGGUGAGGUGAAAUCUGAGAAGGUGGUCAAUUCGAAAUCUGAGAGACAUAGUGGUGAGGUGAAAUCUAACAAGGUGGUCAAUUCAAAAUGUGAGACACUAGUGUGCAGGCGAAAUCAGGGGAAGUAUCAAGUCGAAUCUGAGAGUGGUGAUCAAUUCAAAAAAAUCUGAGACAUAGAAUGGUGAGGUCGGUUCUGAGAAAGAGUGUCAAUUCAAAAAUCUAAGAUAGUGGGUGUACUUCUUUUUUGGAAGGUUCAGUUUGAAAUCUGAGUAUGAAAAUGGAGACGAAAUCUAAGGGUGAAAAUGAAGACGAAAUCUGAUAGUGAAAGUGGAGACAAAAUCUGAUAGUGAAAAUGAAAACAAAAUCUAAGGGUGAAAAUGGAGACAAAUUCUAAGGG